CUUUAUUUCUUUCUUAGAAGCAGUAAUUUAUUAAUAUCUGCUUUGUGGGUCUUAAAGUACAGGUAAUUUACAAAAUACUCUUAGAGCCAUGAAUAGACUUGAAUCUUUUGUUUCUUGAGACAACAUUGACGUGAGAUAGCUAUGGCGAUGGAUACUGUUGACUCUAUCAUCUUAGAGAGGGGUUUUGUACCAGUAUAUCUUUCUCCUUACUCGCCUGAGCUCAAUCCUAUUUAGAUGCUUUGGAAAGCGUUAAAGGACCAAGUGAGAAAAGGUGAAUUGACAGAUGUAGAAACACUUUCUUCACGAGUAAUUAAAGGCGGUGAGGAUGUUCCUGUUGGACACAUACGAAAAAUUCAUCCAGUACUCGAUCAAUGUAGUUUCUAAAUGCUUGAAUAAAGAAUAGUUGUAAUCGUUUUAAUCUUUGGUCUUGAAGGUGAGCAAUUUAUUCUUGAAAUGCUGGUCAAAUUAAUUUCAAAUACUUGCCCAAAUUUGUCAUUUUUUUUUUUUUUUGGACAAUUUAACCUAACACAAGUAUCUAAAAUUAUUCAAAAAAAUCGGCAAAACGAGAGUGGAAGCACAGUAUUACGAACUUGCCUUGAUUGGCUGCCUGGUGGUAAACCAAAGGAAUGUCUCUUUCACUCAAACCAAAACUAGAGUCGACAUCAUGCUUACACAUUCACAAAUGCUUGUAUUCCUCCUCUCACAAUUGAUGACCCAAUAUCGUUUCUUCUCAAUAUGCUCUUCCACAGCGU